AUGGCAAAUGGAGUGAAGAGAAUUCCUGUGAGAGAAGGAAGAAUCCGUGGAACUCUUUUUCUUCCUCCGGGUGAUGGACCUUUUUCUGGUGAGUAGAGAAAGAUUGACGUUUAUCUAAAAACAAUUGCUAGUCAAGAGUAGAAUAGUGUUUUUAGAGAUAAGAAUAUGAAAAGAAUCAUAAUCCGCUAUUGAGCUUUCCUGGUGUGUCAUUAUCUCUUUAAAAUGACAACGGUGUUAGACAUACAGUUCAGGUUUUUACCAAUAAUCAGUGUUUGGGUUGAUCACCUCUGUGUAAUGCUACGGGUCGUAGUUCAGAAAAUAUUACUUUUCUUCAGUUUACUGUUGUGCUACUUCAACAAAUCAGCAAAGAUUAAAUUCAUUCACCGCGCGCUGCAAACGUUUCUCUGCAAACCCCAACCCCAUCUUUCCAUGCUGCAAGGUGAUCUUGAAAGAAUAAUGGAUGUGAGAUGUGGUUUUAUCAAUGGUUUGAACCAUUUUCAAGAUUGCAAAACUCUUAGAAUAUCUUAUUUGUUUCAAAAUCCUACGAAGGCUUCUUUUUUAUUCUCUUUGUAAUCUAAGACUUUAAUCAAUUCAGGAAAAGAAGUAACUGAUCUUCCUCGCUGAAAAAGGUUUCCAUAGGUUUUGGACUAAUAUCGCAGUUUUUGUUCGAGAAUUCAGUACAAAAAUACUCGCCAAUAACAGUACAAAUGAAGUUAAUUUGAAAAAGUGAUUAUAAAGAAAAAUCUAUGAUCAAAAUGAGUCUUUAGGCUGAGUAUGACUCAAUUCGUAAUUCGGGAUGGUGUUCGCACACAAUUUCAUUUUAUACCCUGUCUGAUGCUCUGGGAUUCUUCUGGAAAGGAGAGUCAAUAUCUGACGUCUAAAACUUUUAUUAACCAAAUACCUAUUGACUUAAUGCAAGAGUUUCCAUUGAUGUAAAAAUAAUAACGAUAAACCUGUUCGAGUAAACGACAUUCAACGAAGUGUUAUAGCCGUGGCUAGCAGUAUUUUACUUUAAGCUUAAGUAAAAUUUGAUGUUAUGAAGUAACAGUAGUAAGAUUUUUUGUUAUAAAGUAUUUAGUUGGUACAGGUAAUCACAUGAUUUCGAGUUUGAUUUGGAUCGAAUAAGCACGAGUAAAUUUUUUCAAAGACUAACAAAAUUUGUGGUCUUUGAAAAGUUUGCACGAGGUUAUUUAUUCCAAAUUGCACGUUAAAAAUCAUCUGAUUACGUAAUAAUAAUAUUCAUGAAAAAAUACGAGACAGCUCAUCAUUUAACAAAUAGAAGAAGCCUUCCCACGCAAGAAGCGGCUCGUGCAAUUUGUGGUCUCUGAGAAAAUUUACUUUGAGUGGCUCGUGCAAUUUGUGGUCUUUGAAAAAAUGUACGAGUGCUUAUUUAUUACAAAUUGCACAAGAAAAAUCAUAUGAUUACAUAAUAAUAAUAUACAUGAAAAAAUACGAGAUAGCUCCUUUAAGAAAUAGAGAAGCCUUGACUGUGCUCUGUUCUGUUGUAAAUCACGCAGGAAGCGGCUACAGUACGAAAGAAGUGUAGGGAGAAACACUUGACUACGUCGACUACGUCUCGUGUUUCUACCCACUUCUUAAGAGCUCUAGCCGCUUCCUGCGUGCUUUACAACAGAACAGAGAAAAGUCAAGGCUUCUCUAUUUGUUUUAUAAUAAAGAAUCCGUUAAAUUCCCCACGCAUUCCUUUCAAUUUUCAAAACAAACUUUAUUUCCAAUGCGAACAACAGUGUCGUCAGCAUGCUCUGUAUUUUCAUGAAGCACGCUACAUUAAGCCAAUUAGAAUCCUUCUUAGAAUGGUUCAAAUAAUCUGAUUGGAUGUAGAACACUAGAGCUGUCAAAAAUGUCAAAUCAUCAAAGUUCACAUUCUGCAAUAGUUUACAAAAUCAAUAGUUAGGCAGGUCGAAUUUAACUCUUUCGCCUGAAGCCUUUCAGUCUCUAAUGCAGAAUCUGAAGUGAAAUGUUGAGUGGAAUCCGGCCGAAUUGAGGCUCAUAAAAACACACCAAUUUUUUUUUACCUGACAACUAGAAAACAAACUGUUCAAGCAUGUGUUUUAUGAAUGAACGACAGCCGAAUUUACCGGAACAUGAAGAUUGCUCAUAAAUUUAGUCAGUCGUUUUCUGUAGUCGAUUCAGUGUGAUUUGGUCAUUCCUUAAUAUUUAGAAUGUAGUUACUAUAUGAGUUUAAAAGUCCAACCCUAUGUAAGUUUGAGAUUUGGUGAUGAGUCUCCUGACUGACUGUCCUGCAUAACUUCCAAGUGGACGUGCCUAUUGGCCCCACACGAAAGUUCUUGUUUUGGCGAACGCAGUCAGAGGUUGACUCAGUUAAUCAUAACCAUUAGGUUUUACUGUUGUUGUUAAUUUUCAGCAAGCAAUAAUGAAUAUAUAAGAAUGCAAUCUAGAGCUUACUUAGUAGAAGAAUGUCGACAUUGUGCAGAAGUAGAGACAGAAUUCCGUAGCUGAAGUGAGUUUCUAGCAGCACAAGUCAGUUAGAAUUAAAGUGUGAGUGUUGAAAGAGAACAAAAAGGACUUACAAAGAAUGAAGCAAAAUUGGAUGUAACUAUAAUCAUAAUUAUAAGCGAUUGUUACUGAAUCCAAGCAAUAUCUUAAUUAUACGAUCUCCGCUGCAGAAUGUUAAACAUAUCUUGCACUCAAUCAGUCAAUGUUAUCUUUACAGGAGUCAUAGAUCUGCUUGGUGGUGUAGUCGGUUUGGUGGAAUUUAAGGCUUCACUUUUGGCAUCUCAUGGAUUCGCUACUCUCGCUAUGGCCUUCUUGGGCUAUGAAGAUCAACCAUUGUGUCCAUCUUCAAUAAACUUGGAUUAUUUUGAAGAAGCUGCCAACGGGCUUAUAAGUCACCCUAAAGUGCUUCCACAUGGUAUCGGCAUGUACGCUAUGUCCUAUGGCUCAUGGAUUGCGCUGUUGAUAGCAAGCUAUCAGCUCGCACCGAUAAAGGCCGUUGUAGCUAUUUCACCUCUGGUAAUCGCGUUCCUUCACCCUUUUCAAUUAAAAGGGGGAGUCUCAGACAUGAUACCCCUUGAUGAGAGCAAAGUGGUGUCUUCAGAGAAGGGCAGCAUCUGGCGUUUCGCCCAACAAACUGACAUUAAUUACAUGAAUCCAACAACAAUCUCCAAAUACUCAGCUACUACACCAGUUGAGAACAUCAAUUGCCCGGUCAUACUGGUUUAUGGAACUGAUGACUUGAACGUCCCCACCGAUUUUACAGUAAAGUUCAUUAUUGAUCGCUUGAAGGAGAAUGGAAAAGAACAUUUGUGCACUAACUUGCGUUAUCCCCAAGCGGGACAUCUCAUCGAACCACCCUACUCUCCUCUUUGUGCUUCUUCUUUCAGUAAAUCUUCUAAAGAAUGGUGUGGUUACCCUUACCUAGCUUGGGGAGGGGAGACUGUUGCACAUGCCAGAGCACAUGAAGAAUGCUGGCCAAAGAUUUUACACUUUUUGCGAAAAAAUCUCGAUCCCGUGGGCGGCGCAGUCUCGUGCGAUAGGUAAUUAAAUCGUUCCGGUUCAACGUCCCCAAACACUAUGCCUGCAAGUUUGGAAUUGCUCUCAUUCAAAGCUUUCUGCGGCUACUUGUUUGAAGUUUCUUAAGUUUUUCUUGCAACCGUAAUGAAUUACAAAUUAUCCAUUCAAUUUAGUUGCGCAGAAAUCUUUUAUUUAAAUUUAAACCCGGUUAAAUCAAAAUGUUUAAUUUGCGUUUUGAUAAACAAGAAAUAAAUCCUGAAGUAACCAACUAACUCACGUUAUUUUUACAAAAGAAAGCCUUUAAAAUAGGCGGCCGUGAUUUUUUAAGUGCCUGUAGGGUAUUUGAGCAACAUUUCCAAAGAAAAGUAUGAGCUAUUAUUGUGGCUCAAAACAUCUAAACACCCUCUGAAGAGGGGGGGGGAAAGGACUUGUAUACAAGGCACGUAGUCUGUACAGAAUUAUCCAAACAGAGCUCCAGUAUUAGGACCAGUGGUGUUACAAAUAAAUUUACCUGCCCAUUUCAAUUUUAAGGAUCCGCAUGUAAUUUUGGGGAAUACGCUCUUGAAAGCAAUGAGGUACUCUUCAAUGUUUGCAUAACCUCACCUUUUCAAAUCAGAGGGGCCAGAGAAUCCUCUUAUACACAUUUACUACUCCGUCAUGGGUUUUCAUAACUGCAUAGAAUCCUGCCAACCCUGUCGUGCUCGGAUGGGACUACUUAAUCAGGGGAAAAGUCCUCUAUUUCGUAAAGGCUGUCUACAUAUCAUUUAUUUUUUAACAAAAGAAUUUUACCACUUAUUCUGGAUACAGUUUCUUCCUUUUUCUUUUUACUAAUUACCUACAUCUGUCUAUAACAGUGCACAUCAACAGUGCAACCCGAAGAUCAAUAGUCAAAAUUUUUGUGAAGAUGUUAAUUCAAAAAUUGAUUAUUUUCUCUCCUUAGGAUAUGGAAGAAUGGAAGAAAAAUGACUGCGAAGGAGGAAUUUGCUCUGAAAGCUUUUUAAGAAUGUCUAAUUAUGUGUGAUCGAUAAAAAAUGGUGCUAAAGUCAAUACGUAUAAUUCAAUGAAAUCUCGGGUCAAAUUACAGUCGAACCUCGAUUAUCCGGACUCGGUGGGACUAGGGUAAAUAGUCCGGAUAAUCGAGAGUCCGGAUAAUCGAAAAUAAGAAUAUCAAUGAGACAUUUGAGUUAUGAUCGUCUCGUGUGUUUACAUAACCCACGCUCAUCGAACUGAUCGAGCAUGACAUUCCCUUAGCAACAAAACAAUGCUGAACCAAUCAAAAUUCAGCUGAACGCAUUAGAAUGCUUCUCUUUUUCUCUCGUCUCUUUUUGUCUCCGAGCGCUCGAUCUCUCGAAAGCGGAGCGUGUAAUGCGCUGUUUUAAACACAAUUUUCCUGAAUUUUAACAUAAUUUCUGAAUUUUUUUACCUCCUAAAGUUUUAACAUCUAAGGUCAUUAAUAUUCAUGAAAAAAACGGGACCGAAGAAAAAGUCCGGAUAAUCGAUGUCCGGAU